AUGAAGAACAAGGGAGGAAAGCCGAAACUCAAGAGGAAAGGAGCCACAAACGUCUUCGGCUGUGAUCUGACAGAGUAUCUGGAGAGCUCAGGACAAGAUGUCCCUGCAGUGCUGAAGAGCUGCGCAGAGUUUAUUGAGACCCACGGAAUUGUGGACGGCAUCUACCGGCUUUCUGGAGUGACAUCCAACAUUCAAAAACUGAGGCAAGAGUUUGGCUCAGACCAAUGCCCAGACCUGACAAGGGAAGUUUACCUUCAAGACAUUCACUGUGUGGGGUCACUCUGCAAAUUAUACUUCAGGGAGCUACCCAACCCCCUUCUCACAUAUGAACUUUACAAGAAAUUCACGGAGGCAGUGUCGUGCUUCCCGGAGGAAGAACAAUUGGCGCAAAUUCAGAAUGUCAUCCAGGAACUUCCGCCAUCUCAUUACAGGACCCUGGAAUACCUGAGCAAACACCUGGCACUUCUAGCAUCCUUCAGUUGCAUGACCAACAUGCACACCAGGAACCUGGCUUUAGUGUGGGCACCCAAUCUCCUCAGGUCAAAGGAGAUUGAGGCCGUGGGCUGCAAUGGAGAUGCAGCUUUCCUGGAGGUGCGAGUCCAGCAGUUGGUGAUUGAGUUUAUACUGAACCAUGUCGAGGAACUCUUUGGUGACGGUGUCUCUGCCAAGCCAAAGGAGAACGAGGAGAAUAAGCCCAUCAUGAAGAGCUUGACGCUGCCUUCUGCAUCUCUGCCAAUGAAGCUAGUGAGCCUGGAAGAAGCUCAGGCCCGAAGCCUCUCAGCCUGCCACCCUGCCCGCAAAGAGCGGAGAGAGAACAGCUUGCCAGAAAUUGUUCCAGUCACAGGCUCCUUCUUCCAUACCGUCCUUGACCUACCUGACAGCAAAAGAAAGCUGUCCACCAAAUCCAAGAAGUGGAAGUCAAUCUUCAACUUGGGCCGGUCUGGAUCAGAAGCCAAGACUAAACUGAGCCGAAAUGGGAGCGUAUUUGUACGGGGACAGAAGCUCUCUGAAAAAGCAACAAUUCGGCCAGCUAAAAGCAUGGACUCGCUGUGUUCACUUCCGGUAGAAGGAGAUGAUGAAAAGGGCCACUUCAAGCGCACAGUCAUGGCCGGAGGCUUCUUCGUUCCAGUGAUGAAACCACGGAUGGGGGGCCCAAGCAGUUCCUCUGACCUUAACAAGCAAGAGGCUGAGUGGGACCCAAAGGGUACAAUGAAAGGGGCAGAAGGCGGGACCGAGGAUGGCGGAGAGAGCGAUGCUUCUCGGCCUUCCCAAGUCAGACCACUUCCUGAGCAACUGAAGGUGUUCCGGGCCAUAGAAGACCCUGAGAAUGAGCAAACCUCCCCGAAGAUGUGCCGUAUGUUCUACAGCUCCAAUGAUGGGACAGCCAAAUCGGGAUUCCAUGGGACUCUCUUCCCCUUGGAAGCUUCUCCCCGGCACCAGCGGAAGGCCUUGAAUAUCUCCGAGCCCUUUGCUGUCUCAGUGCCCCUCCGGGUGUCUGCGGUCAUCAGCAUCAACAGCACCCCUUGCCGCAUGCCCACUAAAGACAAGCCUGCCUUCUCCAGUUUGCAAGAAUCUUCUUUCUUGGGGCAGGACGGUGCUGUUUCCGCAGCCCCCGAAGGAAGCAACUGGGCCAGCUCAGAGCAUAUUGCAGUCAAGGAGGAGAAGAAGGCCGAGUGUAAAGCAGCAGCAGAUUCUACUAUUGAGGAACUAGCAGUCACCAAGAAGUUGGAGUCCACAGGUGUCUCUCAAACAACAACAAAACCCCAGGAUACAAAGAGUGGUGGCAACAGCAGCAGCCAAAGUUCAGAGGAAAAACAGAGCCUGGAACAAAAGCCACCAGUCAAGAUCCCAGCAAGCCAGCAGCAGGCAGACAAAGCGAGCCAGGGCCAGCUGGGAUUAAAUGAUAGGCCAAAUCAAGGAUGCCGGCCACAGGAGAGGGCAAGGGAUAAAGUGGAAGACACCUCACACUUCAAAGAACUGAUUCACGAUGAUCAUUCCAGUUCCCUAAUGGAACCAUUGUGGCCAGAAAGUCAACAAGAGCUGAAAAUUGUUGAAUCUGAAGAGGAGCAAUCAUUUGCUGCAGCUACUCCGGAGACAGGCCAGCAAGAGUUUAAACCCAGCUUUGUAUCUAUUUCAUCCUCAGAAGCAACCAAUGUAUCAUGCAAUUCUGUGCUGCCUCUGACACCACCCGAAGAAGAAAACAUGGUCAGAAGCUCACCUCACAUUCCUUUGAUUGUCUCUUCCUCCAAAGGAUCUGAGGACUCACCUGUUUGUGACUCUGAACAGCUCAGAAAGGAUGGGACUUCUUCCACCUUAGUAAAACUGGAUAAUAGCCCAUCUGAGAAACGUUGUCUAGAAAUGGAGGAUACCAGGAGUGACCUUCCAUCUCAGCCCCAAGACUGGAAACGUCCAUCAGAACCACAAAAAGACAUAUCUCUUCCAAGAGACAAGUCAUCAUAUCCCAAAGAAAAGAAUUUAAACCAACCAGAGUGCGAAAGUAACACUUGGCUUAUUCAAAGGGAGAAAGAAGGUGCAGCUGUGAUCCAGACAGAGAAAAGUGAUGAUGUGUUUUCAGAAAGAAAGGACCUGGCCAGUUCAAAGAGCUCAAGUGGAGUUGGAGCCCACCAACUCAAGGAGGGCAGAAUGAAUGAUCAACCCCAAGAUUCAUUUGACCAGCAAGAGGAAGAGACAGGGGUGGAUCACGUCCAGAGCUUAGAAUUGGUGGAGCCAUGGGAAGAUCACCAGUGGGUCACCAGCCCCCUCCAUUCCCCGACCUUCAAGGACACUCAAGGAAAAGUGCUUCAGGAGUUUCAGCUGCAGAGCCAAGGAGUGGCCUGGAGCCAUUUCAAGAAGCAAUGUUUCAGUCGUAGCUUUUCUUUAGACAGUAAAGACUUUGUGAAGCGGCACUGGGCUAUCCCACUGCCUUUUGCAAGUGCGGAUGAGGGGCAUCUUUGUGAUAACAUCCAAUCAGGCAACAGGGGACCCUCACAAGCACAGUGGAGAGAAACGGACAAAGUAGAAGCCUGGCUGAAUCUUUUAGAGGAACCUUCUAAGCCAAAUGAAAGAAGCAGGGAACCUCUGAGCCAUGAAGCAGAUUUUGUACCUAGUGAGUUCCCAUCUAGUCAUGAAAGACUGUACAAAGAGUCAGGUGAGAAGGAAGUGUAUGAGGACAAAGACAACCUGGAAGUCUUGAAGCCUGAGUCUCCUUUGCCACCAUGUACUCCUGGAGAUAGCUUAUUAAGUUCAAACAGCCCAGAAAAAGAUAUACAAGAUGCACUCCACGUUCAACAGGCUGACAGCCCUGGAUCUGCUGUCACAACGGAUCUAUGUUCGGCCAAGGAGUCACAGAUCAGUAAAGGUGAUGAUAUCCCACGGAAAGGGAGACCAAGGCCUUCUUCUCUCAAUCUGGAUUCUGUCCUUCCAGCUGCCAACCUUUUUAACUUUGAGAGUCUUUCCGUGCCCACUCCACCCAGGCACUUUCUCUGUGGGCAAAAAGAAGUUAAGACUAGUGAUUCUGUGCCAUCACUUCCUGUUGCCUGCCCAAGCAAGAAUAAAACUGACCUUUGGGGUUCCCACUUUGAUCCCCAAGACUUAGACCUAGACUACAUAAUGAUGGCCCAUGCUACCAGUGGUCGCCGUAACUCUGCUCCAGUGAGUGUCUCAGCGGUGAGAACCUCUUUCAUGGUCAAGAUGUGCCAGGCUAGAGCUGUGCCAGUCAUUCCACCCAAGAUUCAGUACACCCAGGUCCCCCAGCCCCUGCAGACACAGAACCCCAACUGCAGGACGCAGGUGGCACCAGAGAAUAAAGAAGCAGAAGCCAAUGUGGGCCAGCGCAAGCCAACUCAAAAUGCUCAAGGCCAGCUGCAACCCCCAAAGAGUCCACCGGUAGAUAGGAAGGGGAAGGAAAAUAAUAAUGCAGCCUUUAUAGAUUCAACAGCAACUAGGAAGGCAGAGCCAUCCUUCUCCAAUCAUAAUUCUACCCAGGAUGUACCAGUUCUUCGUCGAAAGCGCACCUCUGAAGGAGAGACUACAGGAGACAAUCCGCAGUCCUCAAAAAUGGAGAGACCAUCAGGGGGUUCCAAGCCUUCUUACAGAUCUAGACCAGGAAGACCUCAGAGCCUUAUCCUAUUUAGUCCUCCCUUUCCCAUUAUGGACCAUCCCUCUUCCUCUGGAGACUCCAGGGUGUUGCUUUCUCCCAUAAGAAGCCCCUCAGAGACCCCCUCUCCAAGCCCCAUUUCCAGUGAUUUGUCAGGGACAGCCUCAGAGGGGGUCACUCUUCGGAACAAGAUGACCAUUCCAAAGAAUGGCCAAAGACUAGAGACUUCCACAAGCUGUUUUUACCAACCCCAGAGGAGAUCUGUGAUUCUGGAUGGGAGAAGUGGGAGGCAGAUAGAAUAAUGCCCAUUCAUUCUCUUCACUUCACUUCUCUUCCCUGGUGGAUGAGUUGGGAGUGUUCACAUUGGGAACUAUGAUGAUGAUGAUGAUUAUGAUGAUGUUAUUGUUAAACACAUACUACUCAAAUAGUACUUACUUGUCAAUUCCAACAAUCCCUUGCUUGUCACUUUUAAUUGGUAGAAUGUUCAGUGGUUUUGGCUUUGAGUCCAUCUUGGCAAAAGGUGUGCCAGUGAAAGCAAAGUUUUGCCAAAAGAAAAGCAGAGAUCAAUCCCUGUUACCCUGACCAAAGUUACCCACUCCAGACUCUCUUUCCUCAGCUUCCAAGCAGCAGACAAGAAUUGCAAGAAUCAUCUCAGCAACUUAUGCUUGGCUAUAGUUCCACUCCUCUCCAUGUUCCUGCUUUCGCCUCCUUGUUGAUCUUGAUUUGUCGUAUUCCUAAGAUUCCUGUCCGCAUCUAUAUUAAACACCUGAUGACUUUCACUUCCCUCUCCACUUGUUUAUGUACAGAUUUAAAAGGAGCAUUGUAAUUAUCGUGAUGUGUGCGACAGGCACUCAGAUAAGUGGUUUGUGAAGAAUGCUGAUGUGUUUGAGCUAAAAGCUAUUUUGCUGUUGCCAGUAAGCACCGGUUUCUUGCCACAAUCCUAUUCCCAUAGCAUCUGUUUCUCUGCGAUUUUUGAUGAUUUAGAGCUAAUUGCAGAGAUCUUAUAUUAAUUGACUGUAGGGAGUUGUAUAAACAGCCAUGUAAGCUACCUGCUAUGUCAGAGGUUGGCAAUGCUAGUGAUGCAGUGGCAGGGAGUCCAGGGCCUGAACCCGUUGCUGAUCCUAUUGAUAGUCCCAAAAGGCACUGUUUGUUUUGCUAGUCUUUCUGCUGUAUUAGUCCCAGGUCUUUGUAAUGGUAGCCGCUGAAAGGAGUGAUGGACAGGACAAUCACAAUAAGCUGCAAUCCCACUGUAUUAAUCAUAUUUUUAUAAUGUGCUGCUCUUAAUUUGAAGACUUCAGGGUAGGAUCUCUCUCUCUCUCUCUCUCUCUUACAGUGGUUACUAUUUGUUCAGAAUGAGCUUGUUAUUUAAGCUGCCACUUAACCUGCAGCAUUAGAACAGCAGGUGGCAAGAAAUGAAUUAGCAAAGAAAUUGUUAUGCUAAAUCAUAGUUACAAGUCACUAGGGCUAAACUAGAUGCUACGUUAAAUAAGUAGCAUGCAGCUGAACUUUACCAUGUUUUGAUCUUAAAAUAAGUACGUGGGGCUGUGAUUUGGAUUGUGAGUGACUGCCAUGUGUGAGCGGGGGUGGGUUAAAACCUUCCUGCCCAACUAUUUUCCCCUCCUAAAUCCCACCCCCUAAGAAAAAGAGGGAAACCCCUCCAUUGGUGCCAAGUUGGAACUUGGGGCUUGAAGACUUCUGAGAUUUGGGUGAAUUAAAAAUGUUACAUUUCAUCUUCACAUAGAUCAGGGCCUGGGGAUAAAAAGCUGCUUCAUAAAACUAAGUGGUCAAUCCUCAUUCGACGCUUUAUAUGUCCAUUCAGAACCCUGGGUUGGAUCUAGGAUCUACCUUCUGUGAGAGGAAGGGGCCAUACACUAGAAAAAGGGUGCUGCUUGCAGAAGUUCCUCUGCCUGAUUUUUGGGGAUCUCCAUCUGUCCAUACCACAGUUAACCCCAUGCACUGGAGUCUCCUGACCCUCUGUGCAACAUUUCCAGUGGGCUGGAGAAGCUGCUGUGGGAAGGAGAAGGCGGAGAUGUCUGCCUCCAUUACUGUUGUUGAUCCAGCAUAAAUCUGGAUCCAACCCCAUUUUUUACCUUGUGUCAGAGCAUGUGAGAGAAUUUAAAAUAUUGCGUUGAGUUGUUUUGAGCAUGAUCAAUUCCACAACAUUCUGUUUCCCAGUUUGUAAAGGAAGGAAGAUUGAUGCUGACUUAAUUUUCAUAUUAAUAAGAACGUGCAAAACAAUCUUCCUGAUUUGAUUACAGAGAAACUCAGCUAACACCUUGGCUUUUUAGAUCCAUCUGCGGGAUAAUUGAAGCUUAGUUUGCCCACUUUUCGUGGACAGGGAGUCUGCUAGAGUUUUUGUACUUUUACUAUUUUGUAUGUUUAGCAUGUUGUUUAUCAGAUCUGGAAAAGUGGACAAAGAAGAGACAAGAGUUGGUAUUAUUAUUUUUGCCUGUAGUGCCCAAGGAUGAGGUUGUUGACUUUGGUGCAAGUAUGGAAGGAUCAGUGGAGGAAUGGAGCAGGCUGUAUGAAUAGAAGGGAAGUGGCUUAGGGUAGCAUUCCAGUCAUGGGAGGAUUCACUUGUUCCAAGCAGAGUGGAAGCGCCACCCAUCUCGAUGGGAAGGGAGGUCUAUGCACAAGUCACCUGAUUGUGAUUGUCCCUUUGUCUAACAAAACUUAUGGCUUGCUUUAAACCUAGGGAAUUAACUAUUUUGCCAACAGCAGAAAAGUUUUCUGAAACAGCAUUUCAGUAUGUUAAGGCUUUGAGUAUGUUCAGUUUAUAACAUGCAGAAGCAGCCAGGCCUGAGAGCAAGUUCUACUGAUCGCUGCCCCCACCCCCCCAAAAAAAGAAGUUGCAAUCCAAAACUUAUUGCUAGCUUUUCCUCUCUUCAGAGUUCUAAAAUAGCUGUACUGAUUAAUAUUAUGUUAAAUUUAUAUAUAAACAGAACAUAUAUAAAUAUAUUAAAGUGUAAUUAAAAACUAAGAAAUAGUCUCUAAGCAGCACUACAUCUGUGAAUCUUGGAUGGAUCUUAUGUACAGGAAUUAUUGUUUGCUGUAAACUCCUCUCAUGCAGGUUUCCCAAACAUUUUAUAGAGAAGACAACCAAUGGAAUCGCAAAACCAACCUUUCAAUCCCAACACUCAUCGCUCUCUCUCUCUUCCAGCCCCUUCUUAUGCGUUGUCUUUCUUAUCAGCUAUAAGUAGAAAUGAGAGAGAAAUUCAUUCAAUUCACACUAUGGCCCUUUCUACACCUAAGGAUUAUCCCAGGAAAAUGGAGAAUCAUCCCUGCCUGCUCCCGGGAUCUCCUGUGUGUCAUUUGCAUGCACAGGGAUAAUCGCGGGAUGAUCCCGGAUAAAUGGCUGGUGUAGACAUGCUCUAUGUGAACUGAAACUCAGUCAUCCAAAAUUCACACUUCUCUGAAUUUUCCAGUGGAGUUCUCUGAUUUAAAGAAUGUAACAAAAAUGUGUAUAUUAGGGCAAAUUACCUUCAAAAAUGCUUUAUAGUAGGAAGAUUGCUUGCAAAAAUGUGCAUAUUAGACAAAAAUGCACACACCAAGAAGAAAAUGUGAACAAAAACGCUCAUGAAUUUCCAUGCGAAUUAAAAAAACAACUCAACAUUUUGAACAAACUGAACUUAAGGCUGGAGAAAUUCUGAAAGUUUAAGAUAGAAAAAUGAGAAAUGGAGAGAAGUGGAAAUUGACAGAUUCAUUCAUCCCAAACUGUCAAGCCUACCGAAUGACUGAGCCCCAUUGAGUUUGUGCUGAGGUCAUAUGAAAGACAACUAUGUGCUUCAUUAUCAACUGUUGGGUUGUGGAAGUAGAACUGCAAAUCAUCUCAUGCGUAGGCACAAACACACAUCAGUUCCCCUUUGCCACAUGAAAUGUAGAGACGUUAAACUGCAGCACUGGUUUUGCUGCAGUUUCUUCUCAAAUUCAGUACUUAGGAAUGAAUAUACAUUUAUGACCGCAACUGGGAUGUAGCAGGCUAAGCAAAUCUUUUUAAAAAAAAGAGAUGGUUGGGGUUCCUCUCCAUAGGAACAUAGGAACCUUCCUUUUAAUAAAUUAGAGAGUAUUUGGCCUUCCAGAU